GGUCCGAAAAGCAGGAAGUCAGGCGGCCGUGAUUCCCUUCCUAUAUGACCGCGGGCACUAUAUCCCUACACAGGUGUUUAUAUCAGGUGUCUAUGACACCGUCCGGUCAACUGUCGUGUAGGGGUGCACUGGGCCGCUGUCCUCUGAAAGCCAGCCAAAUGAAGCGCAAUAAGACAGUAUGGUUCUUGUUCAUCAGCAUCGCGCUAUUCAUUUGCCGUCCGUCUGACGGUCAGUUUCUUGGUGGUGGCAGUGGUGGGUUCAAUACCUUCCCCGGUACUCGAGGCCAGACGCCUGCAUUUCAGGUCAACAGUGCCCUAGUUAACAAUUACGACGGAGGGACUGCUAACCAAGUUGGACAGAGAAGAUACCAGGAGUUGGUCAAGUACACACCAUACUAUGUUGACGAGGAGAGAACGCCCGGCUUGUCAAUUGCAACUCUAUUGCUGCUUGGCCUACUGUACGGUAUAAUCAGUAUGACGUCGGCAAAUCAAUCGGACAUGACGGUCACCAUGCUCAGUGUUGGUAUGGGUGCCUAUCUUGGAUAUGGUUUUGGUGGUGGUAGAGGGAGAAGAAGAGGUAGAGGAGGAGGUAGAGGAGGAGGAGGCGGCGGCGGCGGCGGCGGCGAAUUCACACAUUCUAAGAGAAAUGACAAGCCUGACCUGUCGACAAGAAACAAACUGCGAAGUAUGCCAAUUCUACAACAACUGAAGUACAGAAAAACUUCAGAGCUUUCCUAA